AUGGGAGAACGGUUUACAGAAGAAGAAGUGGAUGAGAUUAUCAAGGAAGUGGACAAGGAUGGCGACGAGCAGGUAAUAGAAGCACGGGAAUGGAAAAAAUCUUUUGGCAAGCAGUUUGCUUCUGGAAAAAAAUACUAUGUUUGUAAAAAAAUCUCAUUUGCGAGUUUACAGAUUGACUACGAAGAAUUC